CUGGACGCUACCACAUGGACAAAGGAAUUGAUAAAAUCUUGGGUAAAGAUUAUAUGGAAAGAAUCAAGGAAAAUGGAUUUAUAGAUGUCAAGGACAACAAAGGAAAUAUCCGGUACCGUGUGACAGAAGAGAGUUUGUUGCAACUCCUUGCAAUAGAUAUGCGUGCAGUAUGCCUUUCAAUUGCGAAGAGCUGCAGGGUCUUUACUGUUCAUGGCUCUGAGGAUGAGAUUGCACCUCUGGGAGAUGCUUUCGAGUUUGCCAAUAUCAUACAUAACUACAAAUUGCACAUUGUGGAAGGUGCUGAUCACGUUUUCGACAACCAUCAGUCUGAGUUAGUUGAAUUGGUGGUGAACUUCAUUAGAGAAUCCCUACAGAUUCAUUCCAUUCAUGUGAGGAAGAUCCAUCGUAAGACAGUUAUUGGAAUUCUUUAGUUUGCAACAACACGUAAUUCUAUAUUAAACAUAAACCAGCUCAGGCCUUUAUUGAAUUUGGUAGUGCACAAGUAGCACUAGGAGGAGCCUUUGGUUUAAAAAAGGCACCAUAAGUUUAUAAUAUUUGACUUUGUAGCGAACCUAUAAUACCCAUUGGUUCCUUCAUGCAAAUGUCUGAAGUCAUACUUUUCCAAAAUCUCCUCUUUUGGUUUCUCGGUUUGUAGUCGCAGUAAAUCCUACAACACACUCCUUAUGAUAAUUUCUAGAUCUAAAUCUUUUUUAUCUCCUAAUUAUCAAUAUAAAUACUAGAAAUAUAAAUAGACACAAGAAUUUUUACAUGGUUCGAUCAUUGUGAUCUACAUCCAUGGUUCUUCACUAUGAUUGUAGGAAUUACAUGAAUAUUACAUUUAGAAGCAGAGAGUUGAGUUUCAUUUAUACUAGAGUCGCUAAAAAAAAGAAAAAAAAAACAAAACAAAAACAGCCAGGCCAAAAUUGAAAAUGUAUAUUGUAUAUAUUUUUUCUAUAUAAAUUGAAAAAAAAAAAAAAUUG